AUGCAAGCAACAACUACAUCUCAACACAUUCUGAAAUUCAGCACUAGGUCUAUACCAUUGUCUUCCUACGAUGCAUCCAGAAUUCCAAUCAGCCAGACACGUCUUCGGUAUCGUUGCCGCGGCUACACUUCUGUGACGUCCAAACGGCAAGAUGUUUCGCAUGUUCCCAGCACCUCUUUUCGACGAACUCUUCAAGCCUUACCAACAACCACUCUCUUGCGAUCGCUUGUAGUUCUCUCGGCCACGGCGCUUCCGGCGAAAUUACUGGCUUCUCUCAUUCGCUUGACCAAAGAGCACGUUGGCAUCAUCGAAUCUGUCAGUCCUUUGCGAUGGACCUUCAGAAGAUUAUUAUACGACAACUUCUGCAUUGGCUUCCGUAAAGAUGAGAUUCGGACCAAAACCCAAGAGCUUCGUCGCGUUGGCUUCACGGGAAUUGUAUUGGCGAAUGCUCGUGAGGCUCAGCCUACUACAGAUUCUCACGUAGGCUCGGUGAUUGGAGACGUUCAGUGUGAGGAAUGGGUCAACAACAAUCUCGAAUCUGUGCAAAUGGCGGAGCCUGGCGACUACAUCGGUCUGAGGUUCACAGGCGCAGGUGCAGCAGCCGCGAAGUUCUUGUCGGACUUCUCGGCUACUUGCAAAUCCCACAAUCUCGGAGAGGCGAAUAAUCUCUAUGCUUCUGAGAUGCAGUACUAUACUUUGCAGGUGGAAAGGAUAUGCAAAGCAGCUGAAGCUCGAAAAGUACGAGUUUUGAUCGAUGCCGAGUCGUCCACCUACCAAAGGGCGAUCGAUUGUGCCGCUCUUCAAAUCAUGCGUCGCUUUAACACUUCGCCAAGAGCUCUGGUGUUGAACACUUAUCAAAUGUAUCUCAAUUCAAGUGCCGACAAACUCAGAUUGCAUCUAGAUCACUCAAUCAAGCAUGGCUAUAUACUCGGGAUCAAGAUGGUGCGAGGCGCAUAUCUUCACACUGAACUCGACAGACAAUCUCUUCACAUCUCCAAACAACAGACUGACGAAGCUUAUGAUGAUACUGUCCGUUUCCUGUUGCGAGAAGGGAGCGGUGCAGCCUGGAAAGCCGAUGUCAUGCUAGCAACUCACAACGCAAAAAGUGUCCGACAAGCCUUUGACCUAUACACCAGCACUUGCAUCACCUCGAAGCAAAACGACAGAUUCAAGCCUCAGGUCUGUGGUAUGACGUUUGCGCAGUUGAUGGGUAUGGCUGAUGAGGUGUCUAUGGACCUUGUCAGAAGGAUUGAGCAGGCGAGGAAGGAGGAUUUGCUCAGACAUCUAACAGAGGUGGACACUGCAACCAUGCAUCCUCGUCUUGGCGUUUAUAAGUAUACUGCUUGGGGAUCUUUGCGUGAUUGUCUCCUGUACAUCUUGAGACGAGCAGAGGAGAACAAGGAUGCUGCUGCUAGAACCCAAGACACUGCUUUUGCGAUAUUGCGCGAGCUGAGAUCGAGAGUUCUGAAUAGAAGUUGA